GUAUAUUGUUUAACUAUUCAGAGGUAAAUGUCUGAUCAAUUCAGAUAAGAGCUCUUAACCAUUCAGACUCUGUAUAAUACUUAACCAUUCAGAGCCAAAUCUCUUAACCAUUCAGACAUCUGAACCAUUAAGAGACUGAAACAAACAGUCUGAACCAUUAAGUGCUGAAUCAUUCAGACAUCUGAAUCAUUAAGAGGCUGAAACAAACAGCCCCUUAGACCCAUUAUUAGUGCCAUUGAAAUGGAAACCGAGAUACAAAACUUUAAAAAAAAAACCAAAUUAUAAACAAUCAUCCUACGUGUGCACCAAGUUUGGUUCCUAGUGGACAACUCACACCAUUGUCCCCUAUGUAUGUGUAUAUAUAAACCCUCUCAAAAACCAUUCUUCUUCACUACUCAUCAUAUACCCCCCCAUUACUUUUAAUUUGUUAAUAAAAAUAUAAUUUUAAGAUUUUACAAACCACCAAACACGCCCCAAAUGGUCAACCAAGAAUGCCACAUCCUCCCUAACCCCUUGGUUUUCAACGCCGCCGUCCUCCAACACCAACAAAACAUCCCCACUCAGUUCAUAUGGCCGGACGACGAGAAGCCCGCCGCCGAGGCCCCGCACCUCCCCGUCCCCCUCGUCGACCUCUCCGGCUUCCUCUCCGGCGACCCCGCCGCCGCCCUGGAGGCCGCCACGCUCGUGGGGGAGUCCUGCAAGAAACACGGCUUCUUCCUCGUCUCCAACCACGGCGUCGACCCCGGCCUCAUCUCCGCCGCCCACCGCUGCAUGGACCACUUCUUCGAGCUCCCCCUCCCCGAGAAGCAGAAGGCCAGGCGGCUCCUCGGCGAGCAUUGCGGCUACGCCAGCAGCUUCACCGGACGGUUCUCAUCCAAGUUGCCGUGGAAGGAGACUCUCUCUUUUAGCUUCUCCGCCGAGAAAAGCUCCCAAAACACCGUCCAACAGUACUUCCGGUCAACUCUCGGUGAAAAUUUCGCCCACACCGGGGAGAUAUAUCAAGAAUAUUGCAAUGCAAUGAACACCCUUUCACUAGGGAUAUUGGAACUAUUGGGGAUGAGCCUAGGGGUGAACAGGGAGGAGUUGAGGCGAUUCUACGAAGACAACGAGUCGAUAGUGAGACUGAACUACUACCCGCGGUGCCAGAAACCCGAGCUGACCCUCGGGACCGGGCCCCACUGCGACCCGACGUCGCUCACCAUCCUCCACCAGGACACGGUGGGGGGGCUCCAAGUCCUCGUCGACAACGAGUGGCGCACCGUGGCCCCUGUCCCCAACACAUUCGUCAUCAACAUCGGCGACACUUUCAUGGCGCUGACGAACGGGAGGUACAAGAGUUGUCUGCACCGGGCGGUGGUGAACAACAAGAGUGCGAGGAAGUCGCUGGCGUUCUUUUUGUGCCCGAGGAAGGAGAAGGUGGUGCGGCCGCCGGAGGGACUGGUGGACUCGGAGAACCCUAGACUCUACCCAGAUUUCACAUGGCAGACAUUUCUUGAGUUCACCCAGAAGCACUAUAGGGCUGAUACCAACACUCUUCAGUCCUUCUCCACUUGGCUCCAAACCAACAACAAAUAAAUAAAUAAAUAAAUAAAUAAAUAAAUGAACGUUACAUCUUAAUUAAUUAAUUAGUAUAUUCAUCGGUUGAUUAUAUUGAUGAUUAUAUUAAUGGAUGGAGUUUUAAAAAAAAUAAGAUGGAAAAAAUCUAGGAGUGGAUUGAGUUGAAGAAAUUGAGACAUAAAUUGUCACAUUAUAUUGGACGAGAAUGAGGAGAGAGCUAUAAAUUAUUGUGGGAUUGAAAUUUAAUUAUGGAAUGGAAGAGAGAGCUGAAAAUAAUAAUGUGUGUAGCUCCCC